CAGAGUGACUGACUGCCUUACAAACAAGUCUCUUUGAUUUCACAGCAGAAGCGUUGAACCCUUCGUCGUCGUCGUCUUCCUCGGAUCGACUUCAUUGUUGGGAUCCUGUUUAUUUCUCCUUCUUUUUGGAUCAGUUUCUCAAAACAAAGGCAUGUGCAUGUACACACACACCCAAGUGAGCUUGUCCAGAAGGUGGUAAGAUCCAGCUUUCAUAAGAGAUCUUCUUAGGUGGCUGAAGAGCUAAAUUUAGUCAACUUUGCUCCACAGAACCUUCUAGGAAGCUUACCUCAGCUUUUGUAGACGGGUUAAAAGCCUGUGGUGAACAAUAAAUAUGCUUCUAUAGGAAGGGGGUUUAUAUAGCUAUAACAAGGAGAUGGCUUUUCAUUCUGAGGACGAUAGGAGUGAAGACUACCUCUUUAAGAUUGUUCUAAUUGGUGACUCUGCAGUUGGGAAGUCAAACUUGCUGGCGAGAUUUGCUAGGGAUGAGUUCUAUCCCAACUCAAAGUCUACCAUUGGAGUGGAGUUUCAGACGCAGAAGAUUGAUAUCAACGGAAAAGAGAUCAAAGCGCAGAUAUGGGACACGGCAGGCCAAGAACGUUUUCGAGCAGUCACUUCAGCUUAUUACAGAGGUGCUGUUGGAGCUCUACUGGUUUACGACAUCAGCAGAAAGCAGACUUUUCACAGCAUUGGUAGAUGGCUCAACGAGCUUCACACACACUCUGAUAUGAACGUUGUGACGAUCCUGGUGGGGAACAAGUCAGAUCUUAAGGACAUAAGAGAAGUGCCAACAGCGGAAGGGAAGGCGUUAGCGGAAGCUCAGGGGCUUUUCUUUAUGGAGACAUCGGCUCUGGACUCAUCAAACGUGGCAGCUGCAUUCGAGACUGUUGUGAAGGAGAUUUACAACAUAUUGAGCAGGAAAGUGAUGAGCUCACAGGAGUUGAACAAGCAAGAUCCUGCCUCGCUCAGCAAUGGCAAGAAAGUUGUGAUUCCAUCCGAGGCACAGGGGGAGGCUAAGAAAGGUGGGUGUUGUUAGAAACUGAAACUGUAGAGAGCUUAAAAAAAGGAAGAUUGAUUUUGGUCUCUUUAAUUGUUGCUUUGUCCAUGUUUGAGCUGCUUUGUGUUGUGGUGUGGAUGUGUUUAGGUGUAGCAAUUUGUAAAUUCUCCAUUGCAGAAGCUUUUUAUGUAAACAUCUCUAUAAAGUUUUUACCA